AUGUCAGCAACGCUCAUCCCAAAAUUCCAAUGCAUAGCUUCUCCACAGCAUUCUGAAUAUUGCUGCGAGCUAUGCGGAGUUGGGUUUGAUUCUCCUCAUCAGUUUAGAGACCAUUUGAUCCAAGAUUUCGAGCUUGACCACGAUUCGAUCUCCUUUUUGCAAUUCAGGUUGGGAUUAUCCUUUUUCUCUAUAAUUAUCUCAAUUAGCAUAUCCCUAUCUUGAUUUCAUAUAAAAAAGGCUUAGAUUACGAGACAAAAUACUCUCCUAAAUCACUAGAAACCCCAAAAUCUCCUUAUUCUUGCUCAACAGUAGAGUCAGAAUGCGACGAAGUUGAGUGCCCAACCUGUGGGAAGUUUUAUAAAAACCAUAAAGGACUCCAACAACACAUAGGAAAAGCUCACUCUAAUAAAGAGAAAGGAGUAAUCUGCAGCAUAUGCCACAAGACGUUCAAACACCAGCAUGCUCUCACUUUCCAUGAUAGACAAGUGCACCAAAAGGUUACUCGAGUGAAUUGUGAAAUAUGCGGCUUGACUGUUUACAACAAGUAUAUGCUUACCAAGCAUAUCAGUAAACACCCUUCUUAA